ACAUUUCGGAUCUUUUCAUUAGGCUUUGUUUACAAUUUAUUUUAUAGUUCAAUAACAAAAUGCAACUAAACGCAAUGUAUUCUGUGUUAGCAAAAUUUUCCCAACGUUUUUUACUACGACGAAAUAUCGCUUACAUUCAAGGACAAGAACCUGAACCAAAAAUUAGAGAAUAUUUUUAUUUUAUAGAUCAUCAAGGAAUGCUAUUUUUAGAUGACUCUAAAAUGAAGAAUUUUACAUCAUGCUUCAAGGAGAAAAAGUUUUUGGAGUUCUUCUUUAAGCGAAUCAGAUUAAAUAAUACUGGUAGAUAUGAAAACGACUUUCCCUUUAUAUCUCUAUGCGGCAGGGAGAGAAAUUAUAUAAGGUGUGAUGAUGUUCCCAUUGUUUACACACAUAUAAUCACUGAUAAUGCUUGUGAUGACCACUUUCUUACUUAUGGAUAUGCAGGAGAUCUUUUGAAAGCAAAGUUUAUGCCUGACAAAAUAUUUAUGCUGCCGGAAACAGGAAGAGUGUAUCACCCAACUGAUGAUAAAUAUGGUGGAAUUGGGUUAGUGAGAUCUAAGCUAGCAAUAGAACUUAGUAAAUAUUUUGUAUUUAGAAAUGGUGAAUCAAAUCCACCAACACAUUUUACAUGGCAAAACAAUAAUUAUAAGCUUGAUCAGAAUUGGCUACAAGAAAAUGUAAAUAGGUUUAGGAUAAAAUUAAGAGCCAUUCCAGAUUAAUGUUAACAUUUAAUAU